AUGGUAUAUAAGGCGGGGGUGGUGAGUGGUCGGGCAAGUCGAAAAAUUUGAGAGAAAUACAGAGUGAAUUCUUGUCUAAAACCUUUUGUCUUCUUCUUUUUGUAAUUUUGAAUUUUUCCGUAGCCAACGAAAAUAUUGAAGGUAAGUGUUGGGGCCAUGACAAAGGUAGGAGGUUGGUUAUGCAGAAAUGAGGUGUCUGUGACCGUUUUUAGAGACUAAAUUUGAUGUUUUCGUCAAGAGAAUCCAUGAAAUCAUUAGAAAUUUGUAGAACUGUGUCAAAAUUUGACCUUUCUAGGAUUGUUGUAGUCUAAUUCCUCUUCUUAUUGUGUCUAAUCCCCCCUCUUACUCCCUCUACUCUCCUCUCUUGUCCACUUCAACCCUACUUCCAAGACUUCCAAGACGCUGAGGAAGACUUAUAAGCGCUUCAGCUAACAGUCGAUUCCAUUGAUAAGCCUUCGCUCAAAGCCUUGGAAGUCCCUUAAAACCUUUUCAUUAGUAUUUCUUCUUCCGUAAUCCCAAAGCCAGCGAACUUGAGUUGCAAGCGCUGCAGCUAAAAGCCAGUAUCCGUCGGCAUCUCCAAGUUUGAGGCUUUGAAGAUUAACGUAAAGUUCCCUUCAUACCUCCUCAUUAGUCUUUGUUCUACCGUAAUCUCAAAGCUAGCGAACUUGAGUUGCAAGCACUGCAGCUAAAAGUCAGUAUCCAUCGGCAUCUCCAAGUUUGAGGCUUUGAAGAUUACGUAAAGUUUGUUGUCAUCAUCUCUGGAUGCUUUCCAGGGCAAUGCCAACUUACCGCAGGCUGCUGGAGCCAAAGCCUAUGAUUACAAGUCUGAUAAUGGCGGUUUGAGUGUUGUCAAGGCUCUGGAAAGUCCAGACUUAGCUUCUAAAUCCUCUAUUUGUAUCUAUUCACUUCAUUGUUGACCUGCCUCUUUGAAGAAGAAAAAAGAGCAGCUCCUGAAGGCUCAGAAGCCAAAUUUACCACUUUCUCAAUGUCAGAGAGCUGUCUAAAUUCUUGCCAAAGAGGCUGAUUAUGUUUAUUGUCAUGUCGAAUAGAGCUGUCAGUGUUUGAACCGGCUCUAAGGCUCCAAAGCCAAAAUUAUGACUAUACAUUUUGGAUGUCCAGUUCAAGGUUUGACGGUUUUAUUUGACAUUUAUAAAGCUUCUUGUAGCUUUGGCAAAGAAUUCCUGGUCUGUUCAAGCCUUGGCAUAGACACUUCCAUCUGCAUAGCAUACAAAAAACGCUGUCUGGCGUUCACCAGUCAUGGGAGAGAUCUCGAAACCUUCAGCGCUACAUCUCACUAAAAAAUCUCCGAUUUCAGAUCCGAAAAUGAGUCUACUACCGUUCCGUGAUCCUUUCUCUAUUCUUCCCAGCUCGUUCUACCGUCCGCACGACCCGCGGAUGUUCGAGUCCUUCUUCGACGACGACCCGUACGACCUCUGGGACAACGUGUGGCACUCGUGGGUGCGCCCGUUCGUCGCCGAGGCGAAUCGCAUCCUGCCCGGCUCGCUGAUCGGCCAAGACCUCAGCUGGGACAAGGAGGGCAACAUGUCGAUGAACUUCGAGGCCAGCGGCUUCAAGCCCGAAGAGAUUCAAGUGGACCUGGAGGGCCGACGGCUGAAGGUGCGCGGCGAACACUCGGAGAAGUCCGAGAACGGCUAUAUCCAGCGCAAGUUCGAGAAGAUGGUCAAAUUGCCGGAGGACGUGAAGUUGGAUGAGAUCAAGUGCGAACUGGAUGAAAAGGGAUACCUGAACAUCAACAUCCCAAGAGCUGUGGCUUUGGAGGAGAGCAAGAAAUUGCCGAUUGAACAGAAGAAAAAGGAGUGA